AUGGUCAGCUGCAAGAUGAUUAGUUUGAGUAGCGGCAGCAUUCUCGGGGCUUCCCUGAGUCUUGCCGUCACCACUAUGGGUGCCGGCAUCCUCACGCUGCCCUCCGCGUACGCAGAUGCCGGCGUCAUCCCUGCAACUCUAAUCCUCGUCAGUGUCGGCAUUAUCACAGUGUUCUCGAUAGACUACAUCAUCCUAAGUGUUGACAAGCUAGGCCGUAACUCCUACGAGGAGCUCACACGUGAGUUGCUUGGCAAGAAGGUAGAGGAAGUGGUGCGAUGGAUGCUAAUUAUUUACAACACAGGGUCUGCUAUUGGCUACCUCGUCGUCUUCGAAGACCUUGUAGCGCCUAUGCAGCCGCUCAUCACCAGCUACCUGCCCUUGCUCACCACGCCGAAGCACUCGCUGCUUUCCUUCUGGGCCGUCGCCAUCUUACCGCUCUCCUGCGUUCCCACGCUGGGAGCCCUGCACAUCUCCUCCUUUCUCGCCAUCUCGGCGACCAGCUUCAUCUGUAUUAUAAUCAUUUUCCGCUACUUCGUCCCGGGCCCGACGAAGCUGUCUACGAUGACCGCAAGCGCCAUGACCAUCGAUACAGCGUCCGCCAACUGGUGCUGGGGUAAGGACCCUUUAUUGGCUCUACCCAUCAUAAUGUUCUCGUUCGACUGCCAAUCUCUCGUGUUUCAGAUAUACGCAGGCCUCGACGACAUGCGACGCAGCGUCAUGGUGAAGGUGGCUAUCAUCAGCCUCAUCGUCAGUGGCGUGAUUCACGCCUCUGUUGGUCUUUUUGGCUACCUCUCGAACCCGGUGGACGUGCGCGAAAACAUCAUCAGCAACUACGACCCCAACGUGGACCGCCUCUUUAAGGUUGGCUACAUCUUGUACGCCACACCGAUGAUUCUGGCAUUUGCCCUGAUGAUGUUUCCUAUUCGCGACUCGAUCUUUAUCUUGUGGUAUGGCUACAGCUCCGCAUCAGUGGCGACGCACGUGCCACGUAGCAAGGACUUUACUCGGCUUGUAAACCAAGAAGAAGAGCUGGAGCUGAUGGUGAGUGCGGGGAAUGAGCAUCAGUAUAAAUACUGUAACGGUUUUGCUGAAAAGCACAACUACGGCAGCGCCCAGAAGGAGCUGCAGCACGUCAUUGAAGCGAAGAAACAUCACAACAAGAUUGAGCAGAUUCUGCUGCGGGACCAUAUCAUCAUUAGCGUUACACUGAGUACGCUGUGCGUUGCGGUGGCCCUUUUGGUUCCUGGGAUCGUGUCAGUGGUCUCAUUACUUGGAGGUCUUUGUAGCUCUACGCUGUGCUUCAUCGUGCCUGGUCUGUAUCGCUGGCAGCUGCACAACAAGAACAUUGCUCCCUGUCAAACAUUUUGGGAGGUGGUGCUCAUGACAUUCAUGAUAGCCUUUGGCGUGAUCGCCGCAAUCCUCGGCACCGCCGUAUGGAUCAAGAGCGUCUUCGUGUAA